UCAUAUUUUUGGCACGAAGUCUACAAUUUAAACAAACAGGUUAAGAUUUGUAUACAGCAAAUGCUUAAUAUUUUCGGUAAUGAGUGAUUUGAAAAAGCUGUCUCAUUUUUUAGCUAGAUUACUACGUCACGAAGCUAAAGAUAAGGGACUGGAUAUAACACCAGAGGGUUAUGUGAAUGUAGAAGAUGUGCUUCGCCUUCCUGACGCUCGGGGUUUCGAGGUGUCAGAUAUAGAGAAAGUUGUGGCUAAUGACAGUAAAGGCCGAUUUAAGAUCAGGAAUCACUUUGGAACUAAACAAAUAAAAGCAACCCAAGCACAUUCUAUACAGCUGGAAAGUCCCGAGCUCACGCCAAUCAAUAAUUACACGGAUGCAAGAGUUGUUCUGCACGGCACUAAGUCAGAGUACUGGCCAUCAAUAAAGGCCACGGGUCUGUCAAGGAAAACUAGGACUCACAUCAAUUUUGCUGAAGGAGAAUGUGUAAAAAGCGGUUUUCCACCAAAAUGUGAUAUGGUGAUAGAAAUUAACCUGGAACUCGCGUUAAAAGAUGGAUUGAAAUUUUAUAAGUCGGAUAAUGCUGUAAUAUUGUGUUCCGGAAAUAGUGAUGGUGUAAUUUCACCAAGAUAUUUCAAACGAGCAUACAACUUACACACACAUGAACCUAUCAAACUCGACUGAUGUCAGUUAAGCUACGCAACAGGAACAGCUGUGCUACCCACUAGUGCCAUGUCUGUUUACAAUGCCUAUGUUAAGAUUAUCUUAUGUUUAUAUUUAAGAUUUUUUAAUUAUUUGGAUUUUUUUAAUCAAAUGUUUGACAUUUUUAUAGACACGUCCCUUUAAUGUAAAAGAAAUUAUGCCAUUUUUUUGCCCUUGUUGUUUUCAUGUGUAUUGCACUUCUUGUUUUGUCUAACGUGAAUUUUUCAUGCAAACGCACGCAGUUAGGAAUAACGGAUGUUUCAAGCUGGUACGAACGGCUGGUUACCAUAGUAAUUACAUUAUGUAAGUUUUUAACCUUAUACAUGUGAACUGUUUUAAUUAUCUAAAAAUAAAACAAAGAAGUAUAAAAUUUAUUUUUAUAGCUCUUUGAAUAAAAUAAACUUAAAACAGUCCUAUCUUGCAUAAAUGCUUAACCGCCGCAUAAUGCCAUUACCACUAUUGACCACAGGUGUAUAAGACGCGUAUUUUGAAGACUAUUCAAUUCCUACCAUAAACUUACUUUGACAGCAAUUGAGUGGGGGGGGGGACUAUUCAAUUCCUACCAUAAACUUACUUUGACAGCAAUUGAGAGGGGGGGGGGGGGGGGGGUAGGUUCAAGCCCCACUGAGACCAUUUUUUCCCCUUAUUUUCUUUUUCUUCUGGUAAGUUUUUACUUCUUUCUUAUUAUUGAGUUAUUGUACAAAAGUGAAAAAAAAAUCAUUUGAUAAGCGAUUUCUUGCGGUUCAAAGUGAAUUUACCUCUGAAACAGAAGGGGCAGAGUUAGACAUCUUUAAAAAUACUGAGUUACAUACGGUAAAAUUUCUCUAUUUCGCCUUCACUCUUUAGAUUACAUAUUGUGGAAGAAAUGUAGGUAGGUUUUAUUUCUGCCCCAAGGUUAUUUUUUAAAAAAGUGAGCAAAAUUGAAAACAGACCCGCAGGAUUCGACCUUAUUUUUACAAUGUUUGAGUUAGAAUUCUGUCUCAUUAAAUCCGUUUAUUUGAUGCAUCCUAGAAAAAAAAAUGAUAUUGACAGUAUUUUUUGUGUUUUAUAACUAUUUGCCAAUAGUUUGAUGUUUCUUUUAUCAAAAUCAAUGGUAUAAUGAAUUCUCUGCAACCGUUUUGGAUCGUGGCCAUCACUUUGAAAUUUGUCUGUAUUUGAGCGUGAGGAAAUACCAUAAAUUAUACAAAACUAUAAAAAAACGGCACGACAAAAGUUUUUUAAUAUUGCAACACAGUGCAAAACAUGGUGGUCAACUUUAAGAAUAUACCAAGCAAAUGCCAUUUUCCCAUUUUUUAAACAUUACUUUUAGGCGUCUAAUACCUUAAACAUGAGUCCUGUUACAUCUUUGAUCUUACCUUUGUCAGAUUUGUUAAAAUGUAAUAAUUAUUUAUUCAUAUUUUGUUCACAUUAUCAUACUUUUCCAUAUCUGUGAUAAAAAUGAAAUAAAAUUGUUAACGUCGUU